AUGUGGUUGUCUUCUAUCUAUCUUAUUUUUCUAUUAGAUUUAAUUUUAUCAGCAAAAUAUAAUCGUAUAUGUUAUUUUACAAAUUGGGGUGCACAUAGAUCAUUGAAAGAAUCUCGACUUUAUCCAGAAGAUAUUCCACCAGAUUUAUGUACACAUAUUUUAUAUGCAUUUGCUAAUCUUCAUGGUAGAUCAUUGCAACCACAAUUAACUAAUGAUAUUAACGUUUAUCAAGGAGAACAACCACUUUAUCCUCGUAUAAUGAAAUUAAAAGAAAAGAAUCCAAAUUUAAAAAUUCUAAUUUCAUGUGGAGGAUGGGGAAAAGCAGGAGAUUUCGAACCAUUAGUUGGAUCAGAAUCAUCAAGAGAAUCAUUUAGUGAAAAUGUAAUAACAUUUUGUCGUCAAUAUGGUUUUGAUGGUAUCGAUUUAGAUUGGGAAUUUCCCUCUGCUGAACAUCGUGAACGUUUUGGAUUAUUAACCAAAACAAUGCACAAAAUGUUUAAAAAAGAAGUUAAAAAAUCUAAAAAAGAUCGUUUAUUAAUUAGUUUAGCAGUUGCAGCUGGAAAGUAUUUAAUAAAACAAGGUUAUGAUGUACCGGUUCUAUGCAAGAAUGUUGAUAUGAUUAAUGUUAUGACAUAUGAUUUAUAUGGUGGUUGGUAUAAUAAAAUAGGUCAUCAUAGUGCCUUAUUUCAUCGAACUGGUGAAACUGGCAUGGAUAGAGAAUUGAAUACAAAUAAUUCAAUGUAUAAUUGGAUUGAAGCAGGUUGUUCACGAGAACGUCUUAAUAUAGGUAUUCCUGGUUAUGGUCGAGCUUUUACAGCUGAUGGUAGAGAUCCAUUAAAAGCAUUAGGACAAAGUGGUGGUGGUUCUGGUGGAGUAUCAUCACCAUAUUUAGGUGAAAGUGGUUUACUUACUUAUUUUGAAAUAUGUAAAAAAGAAUUAAAAGAAGGUUUUAAACGUUAUUGGCAUCAACAACAUCAAAUUCCAAUUAGUUUUAAAGAUGGAACAUGGAUUGGAUAUGAUGAUCCAGAUAGUGUUAGAAAUAAAGUAUGA